AAUUAUAGUUUUUUAAGAUUAGUUGAAAAUGCAAGACCGCGUAAGCAGAUAUUCAGCAUGGUUUUGGGAAAAGUGGUGUUUUUUGACCGCAUACCUCCAUGUGAUAGCGAUGUUAAUUGAAAUAGUUUUUCAUAUUUUAGCGAUAUUGAUCUCCACGGGAGGCUUGCAGUGCAAUACCAACCUGGAUGAGCUUCAUAAAAUCUGGAUUUCUGAUGAAAAGAUUAUACAUGUGAUGACUUUAGGAGUGCAUGGCUUCACGCCGUUUCUUGGUCCAUAUUCAGGUCCAAGCGAUGACCGCAAAGACACGCCAAACGAGAAACUAUGUUGCCCUGGUAUUUUACACUUACCAUUGCUUGAUUCCCUUAUCAUCACUAUCAAUAUGAUAUGGUAUAAAUUCAUAUUGUCGUUCUGCCGUUCGUUGUACCAGAAAGAUAUACGAAGAAUGCAACUGUUUCUUAAUUUGGCUACGAUCAAAUUGUUAAUGGAAUUAGUGUAUAAAGCAAUGAGACAAAACUUCCACGAUGAUAUGUUUAAUAUUGACGUCUCCUGGAAUUCUGAACUGAUGAAUUUCUUUCUUUAUAUGUUUUUGAUGACCUCUGUUUACUAUCAUAUUAAGUUCCUGAAAAAGAGAACUUCUAAACCACCGACAACAAUUGUCAUAAUGCAAAGCGAAGUUAAUGAUAAAGUCGAAGAAAAAACUGAGCAGCCAAUCUCGGAACAGAAAGAAGACAAGCCACCGGCAUAUGCUCUGGUUUGAUGUUUAA